AUGUCAAAAGUUGAGAACGAUAAUUAUCUUCGGGAUAUAAGAACAACUACGCAGUCGUUAUGCAUCAAAAUUGUCAAGGAAUUUUCGGAAGGUGUCAUCUCACCUGGAUCUAUCACUGAGUUUUCAACAUUUGUUGAACACGAGUUAAAAGAGGAGAGUUUGAAAAAAGAUGAACUUAUCAAAUUGAAUUGCAUUAUCUUUGGCACAGCAUUUGCUAUUUUGAAAGAAUCGAUGAAAAGUGAGGAUAGCUUUAAUCAACAUACAUUUAAUUUCGCCUUGCAGAUAAUCAACAAUAUUUUUGAAAACUUAAAGGCUGAGGAUGCGGAAGACUUGCGUUCAUUUUUGUGGUCUAUCAAUAGUAGAUGCCUUAUAAUUGGUGAUAACAAAGUCGAUAAUGCAGUUGAUUUGGAAAGAAUUGCAAAAUUUGAGGCAAACUUUGUUCGAUUUAUGCUUUCUAAUGAAAGAAAUAGGAAAGAUUUGUUUUCUAAGGACCACAAAGGAGAACUUGCAUUUAUGGUAACAUUUUUCUUAUCUAAGUUCUGUUCGAAAAAAGUCGAUAUUCCGAUCAGGCUUAUCAUAGGAAACAUAUUACUUGAAUUUGUCAAACCAUGGGAUGAAUCGGUGAAAACACUGGUAUCAUUUCUUCCCGGUAUUUGUUGUAAGAUGUGUACACUUGCUUCUACGGAUCUGAAUACGACACUUGUAGAUAUGGCACUGAAGAUUUUUGGCUGCAUUGUGUCUACUUGCCUGAAUGAUUCCGUUGUCAGUAAGCAGGGUAAAAUAGAAAAUUCAACAAUUGCUGAAAGCAAGCCAAGAAAUUCUAAAACUGUUUUUGGAAAGAAUAUUAUUUACGUCGAAGAUUGGAACAAGCAGUUGAAACUUCUGCUCAGACGGAUGUGUUCUAGACUCGUUCGACAUCAGGAUCAUCGUAUUCGACUUGCUUUGCUUAUUCUUUUACAUGAUAUUUACAUACAUUGUGCUAUAAGUCUUGCUUCCUCGAUUGAAAAUAUUUUGAUUGAUGUUGUUCUCUUGUUGCUGAAUGAUCCAUACGAAAAAAUUGCUGAAUUUUCGAGAAAGAUCAAGGAGCAUUUAAUGCUUACAGUAAGAGAAAGUUUCAUUAAUCGUUUGAGAGAGCGCUUGUAUUCGUUAUCUAGUACUAUACCUACGGAAGCCAUGGUUAGCGGAGAUGUUGAAGGAUGUUUAAAACAGUUGCUGGGAGUAUUAUUUUCAAUUAAUUCUGAAUGCGACGAUUUUUUAUUAGGUGGGAAGUUGCCUGAACAACUGAUGUUUGCAAUAUCAUCUACACUUCAGUUGAAUGUUAAGCGAUUACGUCUGAGCCGUGAAGUUACUGAAAAAAGCUAUGUUCUAGGCAAGCGUGAUAGACGAUUUGCCACUUCUGCACAGUGUCGAAAAAAAAACAAUCAAUCAGAUCGCUGUGCUAUUCUGUUGGAUUGUAUUUCAGCAAAUAUUGGUCACACCAACGAAUUGGAACAGUUGACGGGUAGUUAUCAUUUUGCUGUUUAUUUAUUAAGAGCAGCUUGUACACAAGUUACUACACCAAAUCAAAAAUUUAUUGAUAUUUUACAAGUACUGGUCGAACAAGCAGUUAAACUGCUAGAAGGGAUCGACAUACAUCGUCCACCACGGGACGAUAUCAUUGAAGAUGAUAAUGAUGAGCAAGGUAUGGAGAGUUGUCUGGUCACCAUUUUAUUAUCCUUCUGUGCUGCUGCUUUCACUUGUACUCCUUCUGUUUUCUUAUGCCAAAAGUUAAUGAACGAAACUUUGUUCGAAAUAUUUAAGUGGACGAAAUCAUCAUACAUAAUUUGUGCAGAAAGUGCUGAACACGCUUUAAAAGCUGCCGCUUUGGCAGUUGGAGAAGCUGAUAUAUCUUCUCUUUGUAUUACUUAUGGGAAAUAUCUCUUACCGAAAGUAGCAAUUCGUUCAAGAGCUUACAGUAGCAAUCUUCGCACACCUUGUGUACUGUCUUCAUUGCUCGAUCAUUGUGAAAAUCCUGAAUUGUUCGAGAUCACCAGUCAUGUUGUUCAAGAGCUCUUGCUUGCAGUUGACUUAGGGUCACAGGAAUGGCUAAUUUUAAUUCUCAGGGCCAUGCUUAGUUUUGGAGUAGCUAUUGGGAAAUGGUUUCCUGAUGUCAGGCCUCAAGAAGUUGAGUACAGUGAAGAUGAUCCAGAUAAGAAAGUUCCAAAACCUGAAUUUGUUCAAUCUGUGAACAAUGUUUUGAAAAGAACGAAGCAUCUUCUCUUUUCUUCUCAUGUACCAAUUCGCUUAUUAAUUCUGAAAAUCUUGGAUGUAUGCCUGAAAGAUUUACAACACUUCCCGGACGAUUAUCUACCGAUGAUUCAUGAGAACUGGUUUGCAGUUUUUGAUUGUCUUCAAAUGAAAAACUUGAAUGUACGAUUGGAUGGAUUUAAGGUUGUUAUAACGAUGUGUGAACUUUCUGGCAGUUUCUGUUAUCGUCGUUUUAUUCCUCAAGCAUGGCCAUUAAUUCAUCAAUUCAUGCUGGAGCGAAGUGCUGCAAGUGCUAAUGCUCAACAAGCCUAUUUUCAUUCGGCUGCUUAUAAAUUUCAGCAAAUUGUUCUGGAAAAAUUGGAUAUUGUUUUUCGUUCAAUCGAAGCGCGUAGUGCAGAUUGGCGAAGUGCCAUAGAAAUGGCCAAAGCCUACUGCGAUACUUCACAGCCCGAAGCCUUGCGAAAUGCAUCAAAAAAUUUGUUAUCUCUGUGUGAAAAGAAAUUAAAAGAAAUUGAUGAUGAAUCGGAAAAUGUAAUCGGUCGAGUUUAG